AUGAGACGGGCAGCGGGACCCAGCCCGGAGCUGCGGGAGCGAAGCCGGAUGCACCCGGGGCACCCCCGUCACCCCAAAACCGCCGGGAGCCGCUGGCCGAGCCCCCCCGCCCCGCCGGGACACCGGGACCACCCGCCGCCGCCAGCCCGUGCCAGGUGUGUCACCUUCGAGGACGAGGUGGUGCCACCGCGGGGACCCCCGGGGAGGGCCCGUCCUGCCGGGGAGCAGGAGAAGCGGGGGGACAGGUCUGUCGCCCCCCGACUGUCACCCCGACCGCGUGCCGUCCCCGACUACGUGGUGAGGUACCCGGCGAUCCUGAGCCCCCGGCAGCGGGAGGGCUACAAGGGCGUCUUCCAGGACCAGCUGGCGGAAUACGUGGAUCUGCACCGGGAGCUCCGCGCCACACGUCACCCCCCGGGCGGGACGGGCUAUUCCCGGCAGGAUUCAGCCUGGCUGGAGAAGCAGCGGCGCUGUGAGUACCUGAGGAAGAAGCUGACGCACCUCAAGGCGCGGAUCCAGGAGUACAAUCGUGUCACCCACCCCAGCGCCGGUGGCUCCUGA